AUGGUUUCAAUUAGUAUAAAUGGAAGAAUUUUUUCAAACUGCAUUCAUUUUCAGGAUAGGAAAAAUCUCGCUGUGGCGGUGAUACAAGCUUUGAGGAGUCGUGAUACUACAACUAUUAUACGCAUUUUAAGACGGGGAUCCCAUGCAGACUAUAUCUUCUCUCCAGUGAGAAAUCAGGAUCCCGUUCACGAUCUGUUAAAACUGGUGAGACCUGAAAGAGUUUCAGGAAACUUCUCCUAUAGUAUUCCUUCGUACGUAAAUCGCCGUGAUGCAUUGGGCAAUGUUUUACUUCACCGUGCCAUCAGAAUUUCAGAUUUUCAUUUCACCAAACUGCUUCUCCAAAAGGGUGCUGACAUUACGAGUAUAGACAGGGAGGGAUCAACACCUCUACAUAUUGCUUGCAGCAAAAAAUCUUUAGAACUUGUGAAGCUGUUAGUUGAAAAAUCGCCGGAGUAUAUUCUUGAGAAUGCUGAUUUGAUGGGGCGCACUCCUUUAGAUUUAGCCUGUGGAAGUAGUAGUCCAGAAGUUGUCCGGUUGCUCUUAUCAAAAGGCUGUAGUGUGCUUGUAACUCCAAGGUUGGUAACAUGGGCUACCUGUCACAACCGACCGAAUGGCCCUCUGCUGAAUGCUGUAUCGAACACCCCGAAACGUACCAUAAUUAUCGCAUCUAUGGUUUUAGAUGCUGGGGCAAACAUUAACCACAGUUCGGCAACUGGAAUGACAGCUUUGAUGAUGACUAUCAAUAAUUGUGCUGCGCAAAGUCGACGUACCCCAGAAUCAGCAAAGAGUAUAGAGUCUUCAUAUUUAGACUUGUUUAUGCUGUUGAUACAACGGGACAUUAACGUGAAUGCGGCUCAUAAUGAGGGUAAUACUGCUCUAUGCUUCGCAGUUAUGUUUGACCAAGAAGUUUUUAUUCGCAAACUAAUUAUUUCUGGGAGUGACAUCAACAAAUGUAAUAAUUUGGGUUUUACCCCACUGGUUUGUGCAUGUGGAAACAGAAACAAGAGAAUAGUAGACUUACUUCUAAAAGUUGGUGCUAAAUUAUCGAGAAAUGAUCGUGAAAAAUAUUUGCCUAUCUUCGAAGAUAAGGAACGUAUUCAACUGUCUAAUUAUAUAAUUAGUAUAUCCAAGCAAUGUCUUAGCUUACAAGAUUUGUGCAAUAUCACUGUUAGAGAAAAUCUUAAAAAUGCAGGAGAUGCCUUUCAACUUGAAUUACCUCAAUUGCUAAUAGACCACCUUCUACUGGAACACUAAUAGAAGUAUAAUGGGAUUCAUUGGCAUAUAAGUAAGAGCAAAAUUCCUUAUAAGUGGUUUUGUUACA